GUUAGACCGGCGAGCCGGAGAACGUCUUCUAACCUUGCACUGGAACACUGUAUGGCUGAGUGAAAACUGGUGGUUCAGAAGAUUUGCGAUCCUGCCCGAAGUUACAACAUGUCUAAAGAAAUGCAAGAACUGCAGAAGCAAUGGCACUCCGUGGUGCAGUCCAUCCACAGCAACUCAGAUGUUGUUGCAUUUAUGAAUUCUCGUGUUGGCCAAUAUUUAGGUGACCAUCCUUUUGUUGCCUUAUCAGUCCUGAUGUUUAUUGCAGUAUCUGCUAUUCCUGUUGCAUUUUUCCUGAUUUUUGUUGUUACGACAGCCGUAAUGGCCUGUAUCGGCGUGAUAGUCGUGGAAGGUGUUGUAAUAGCCACAGGUGGCAUAGCCCUCCUUUGUGUGCUGUGUGGCCUGGGUGCGCUCUCACUGGGGGUUUCUGGAGUACUGAGUGUUUGUUAUGUCGUUCUUUCAACUCUGGUCAACUAUUGGUAUGCUUCAGGGGGUCAGAUAAGGAAGGAAGAAGUUAAUGGCAGUUUGGCACAGAAGAGUCCUCCUGUCUUGGAUCUUUCUGCCAAUAAUGGAAAGAAUGAAUAAGUGGGUUUCUCCCCACUUCCUUCAUAGGCACUUAACUGUACUACUCUGACCUUUGCAAUGUAAUUGUUUACUUGUUGAGCAUUCAACCUUUGUGCACUCCUUACAGGAACUGAAAAAAUCAGUAUGCAUCUUACAUUGUCACUGUAAAACUGAUAUUAAGAAUAACCAUGAAGCAGCAGUGCAUUGCAAUGUUAAUUAACUCUAUGUGCAUAAUGGAAUGUUCCACAGAAUUUGGUAAAGGGAUGUAAUAAUAACUGCUACUGUUCAGUGACAAUUAUGUGAAAGAAAGGGUACGUAGGUAGUAGCUUGCCAUUUGCUAUUGGAGUUCUGGAUGGGUUUUUUGGAUCUAUCUUUUUAAAUCUGUAUGCAGCAGUUGGUCAUUUUGAUACGUAAGUGUUAAAGCUCAGAACACCAAAGAGGUGUUUUGAAUGUUAAAAAAUAUUUUUAAGCCUUAACAGCCUUUGUUAAAAUAGUAUGAGCAUACCAUGCUAAUGCUUUAUAUUUAUUAUACAAGGAAAAUUUUUUUUUUCAUGCGUUAAGUCAUGGUAUAAGCUUUUAUAUACCUUCAGAUGUUGUGUUAAUCUGAAGGGAUAUUUUCCUUGGUCUCAUUGCCUCAUCAAAUCAACUAUGCAGUUAGGUCUUGCAUUUUGUCAUAUUUGUUUAGGUGUUUAAAUUGCCUGGUUUGCUUCUCAGUUGUAACUUCUUGUAUGUUAUUUAAACUUUUUUCAUUUUUGCAAAUGCUAUAAUAUUUUGAAGCAUUAAGAAAAUACCUAAUUGUAUUAGUUUAAUAAAGUGCUGUUUGUUUAACCA